AUGGGAUCCCGGCAAUCGAAAGAAGCCAAACGGGAAGCGGCUAUUCUUCGUCAACCUAAAAAGGGUGAGGCAAGUAAAUUCUAUUGGGCUUGUCGUAAUGGUGACAUUGAGACUGUACGACAAAUUCUUUCACAAUCUGAUUAUAAUGAAAUAAAUCGUUUGGAACCAAAUGGGAGCACUGCUCUUCAUGCAGCUGUUUAUUAUGGUCGAACUGAGGUAGUUCGAAUUCUUCUUCGUGAAUAUGGAGUGGAACGUCAUCGUCGAAAUCUACACAACCUCACCGCUUUUGAAGAAGCUGCUGAUGACGAAAUUCGACUAUUAUUUAUGCGACUUGGAACUGAUCGAUUCUGUAGCAGAACCAACGAUGAAUGCGCUGAUCUUUUCGCCGCUCAAACGAAGAAAGACCCCGCUGGCAACGACGAUCAAGAUGAAAUUCCCAACGAUACGUGGAUUGCAGGUACAGAAAAUGAAGCAGACACUCAGUUUCAUCAAUGGGUGACGGGAGUGAUGACUGUCAUGCUAAGUUCAAAGAUUUUGCGGGCAAUAUUACUUCGAUGCAUGCGAAUGUUAGCUGGUGACUCUGGAAAAUUCGUGAGUUUUAGUGGAUGCACGACCCUACUAAAAGAGUUUUUCAAUCAGCAUGUUCCAUCUAAUACGCUUGAUUAUCCCAAAGCUCAACAGUUAUUUGAAGACUGUGAGUCGGAGAAGAAAAUCUAUCCUCUCCUUAAAAUCUAUACAUUAGAAACUCCUUUCGUUAGGAAACUAGCGUCAGAAGGCACGAGUAUAUUCUUAUGGUUUGCAAUCCUUCUAAGACUUUCAACGACAACAGAACUGGCUUACGAAGGAAUUUCUUAUCGUGGAUUAACGUUAUCUGAAAAAGAUCUUCAAGCAUAUCAGUGGGCUCAACGUCAUAAAGGAAGCACUCUGGUUAUGAAAACUUUUAGUUCAACAAGUGCCAAACGACAAGUAGCGGAAAACUUUGCGCAAUCAGAUGACUUAAUAAGGGUAAUAAUGGAAUUCAAUUUUAUUGAAUCAUGCCCAACAGCUCUGAUGCUUUAUAAAAAAUUAGAAAAACAUGAGCCGAUAUCCGAUUAUCCAAAUGAGUAUGAAAUUCUUGUAAUGCCAUUUACUAUGUUCCGUGUGACAAACAUUGAUAAAGAUGAUACCGAUCGCUAUGUAAUUCAUCUUGAAUGUGUACCAGCAAAAAUUGACGGUGAUUUUUCGGCACUAUACAACGGAGAUGCCACAGCAUUAAUUGAAGCGGCUAAGAAUUUCAUCCGAAUGCAUACUAAAGACGAGUAA